GAUACUGGACCGGAUGAAUGGAGAUUGCCGCCGGGUCAGGUGGAGCUAGUUCGCACUGGAGGCGGGGCUUGCGGUAAGCCUGGAGGGGCGGGGCUUGUUGCUAUGUCGAGUAGGAUAGGGUUUUGCUAUAGGCCGGACAGGGAUGGUGCUAGCAUUUGGGCGGAGCUUUGGGGGGCGCUGGCCUGGGGCGGGGCUUGCCCCUCAGGUGGGGGCGGGUCUCGCCACAGGGCGGGACUUUGCCGCGGGUCAGGUGGGGGCGGGGCUUGUCGUUGGGCGGGGCCAGCCACAGCCCCCCUGCGAAGAUCCCCAGCCGGGCCAGAGGUGCCAGCGUCCCCAUGGGGCUGUGCUUCCCGUGCCCCGCGGAGUCCGCACCGCCAUCCCCGAGCCCGAACUCAAACUUUAUGUGCAUGGAUGUCUGUAUUUCAUGGCUGGCUUCCUAGUGCCUAGAAAAGUUGGUGACAAUCAUUGGGAUGGAUGGAUGAGUGUACUUGGUGUGGAGAAGGAAUGGUUAAAAAUCACACCCAUGAGAAGUCCCAAGAGAAGUAAAGGGCAGAGAAAAAUACCGCAUGGUGCCUGCAUAGGAAGAGAAAAGAGCAAAGCUGGCAGAGGCAGCAGAAAGAAGACAGAAAGAGUGGACGGUGUCAUGAAGCAUCACACACUGCAGGAGUGCUAUGUCACUAACUCCAGCAUCAGCAGUCAGAUGGAUUUCAGCUGAGUGUCUCUUCUUCAGACUGAUGAAGAAUCAGACUCUGUAUCGUUAGAGCCCUUGAGAGCAAUGUGAAAACUAUACUAAAACUAUUGGUAAAAUUUUUGAUUUUCAAGCUUACCAAAUGACCCAUCUUUUCAUUCAAUUCCAAUUUCCCUAUAUUUAUUUUCUCUUCUUCAAGAAGUAACUUUCCGUUUUUGUAGUUAAAAUAUGGAUCCAAAAGAUAUAUCUGUGCAUGCUGUGUUCUUGUCCCACAUAUAUCUUCAGUGUUGAACUUGCUUUCUAAGUAACCUGGCUACUUAGGGCCAUGUGGCACAGCCUUCUGUCUGUUUCUGUUUCAUUGUAUAGGAAGACUUCGGCUUCAACUCCAGACCUAGUGCCUUUAAGCUGAUCAUCAGGGAAAAUCCUAAGGAUGUAUUUUAGAAGGACUUUAGGUGAAGGAAUUCUUUAUUUUUAUAGCCCACUGAGAAAUUAAUAUUUGUAGGCAAAUGUUGACUUUCUGCUCAUGUAUCUUCUGUACUUAUGGCAUAUCAUACUAACUUGAGCUACGUGUCAGGGGUCCACCAGAGUACAGUGGGCUUCUGAUGUGCCCUACCAGAGGCAUGAGGGUGUGUGCAGUGACUGGAUGAGAGCAACUGAGAAGCAGGUUAGUGACAAUAGAUUUGUUCAACUUUCACGAGCAUCUUUAUUCCCCUGCAGUGUGGAAGGGUAGUUGUAAGAUGAACACAGACAGGGCAUUGCCAAUGGAAGCACGACAGAGAAACACAUAAGCUCUGUACUUGCGAAGGUCGCCUUCAUGUGUACAAGGAUCAGGAGACUACGUGGUGUGAUAGUCAGACAAGAGGUCUGCAGACCUCUGCUAACAGUAGACCUGAGGGGUGACAUUGUAGCUUGUCUUCUUUUUACUGCACAGUAAGCGGAGAUGCAAGGAUGCUGCAGCUAUGGGCUGCGAUGCCAAUACCUGAUUCCCUCCCAUAAAACGUAUAGAUUCAGGAAUCUCAGUGAAUUAGGCCAGGUCAAGCCACAAAAGGAAACUGAGCCACCAGCUCGCCUGUCCCUCCCACAAAGUAUUUGACAGUGGGUCGAGCAUGUUCUUUUUAAAGAGUUGACCCUAUAAUAUAGGUCUCAUCAUGGCUGAAGAAUUACUUUUCUAUUGUUCAAAAAUAUUUCAUAUCUAGGUAAGACAUAUGACUGUAUCAGUAUACUUUUCUUCAUUUGUAGAUUAGUGAUAUUUUCCUUCAUCAAGGAUAGUAAAAUCAAUAAAUCAAAUUUUAGAAAUAUUUUAGUGUAUUUUGGUAAUUAACUCUAACAUAGGAAGGCUCACUGGAUGGGGAGAGAAGCAGCGCACACCAUCCUUCAUUAUUGCAAGCCUUCCUCUGGUUAGCACAGGUACCCCAUUCUCUUCACUUCGUCUUUGAGAAUGGAACUUGAGUUGUGCAUAGAGAAGGCUCACUUUCUAGAGGUAGUGCUGCAUUUAUAGCCAACUGGCGUUCUGACCUACUCCUGAGGCACACGCGAUGUACAGGUAUAGUGCUUGCUUGGGAUAAGUGGGAUACACUGCUUUUGCCAACUGUGAGCUGCCUUUGCCUUUCCAAGGCCAUGUGCACGGCUAUGGCCUGCCCAAUAGACAUGAUGUGCUCAGCCUUCCCGAAGGCUAUUUAUGACAUAGGUACUAAAUGGUGAUUUGAGUCUCAUGAAUGUGAUUAAAAAGAUGAAACAGGAUGCUUGAUAAGAAACUAGGAAAUGGUUAUUAAAAAUCAUACAAACGUAAACAUUUUGCUUAGAUUAUGGAUAGUCAUAUAGAGGCGUGAUUCUUAUCAUUUACAGCUUAAAUAACAAAAAUUGUAACAUUGAAUAACAUCCUCCAAACGUUAUGACUAGUAAAACAUAAGAGAAAGCAUCAGAUGCAGAAAGAUAACCAAUGUAUGCAAACUUCAGUAUUAAUUCUAAUUCUGAAACUGAUGUAGCUGUUGUUAAACGAGUUUCAUUUAUCAUUCCAGAAUGCCUCUGUGACACAUGGCAUGUUUUGGGAACAUCCAAUGGUGGCUCUUUUAUCCAGUUGAUGUUAUGAUUAUAUCUGGAAUAUGAUUUAUUAGUUUUCUAAUUAUCAUGAGCUCACAUGUUAUGUAUUCUGCAUUGUCUUUGGGGAUAUGAAUAUACAUCUUUCUAUAUAAAAGUUCCCUCUGGCCAUUUUAAAGUGUCUCUACUCCAUCUUAAAGAAAUUAGGAAUGUCUUUGCAGUUAGGGCCACUUCCAUGUCUCUGGGAUUAAUAAUGGAAAGAGAAGAAACAAUUCUCUGGAGGGGGGAAUGUCUCUUGCUUCAUCUGUGAAGAGGAAAUGUUAUUAUUUUGUUAUUACUUCUGUCUUUUAGGAUAAAAGCAUUGCAAAAAGGCUCUGCAGCAUCCCAGAACCCUGGAAAUUGAUAUGAAAUUUGAAUUUAUCCUUUAUCUAAAAGUUUGACUUAUUUUCACUGAAAAGAAUUAUACUAUAUCCUUGGAAGAUGAAAGUACAUCUUGUCGGGUUUGAAUAAAGUGUAAUUUAACAGAUUUGCAAGAGUUAGGUGGAUGUGAUGUGCCUGCCUCCUGUUUUGAGUGAAAAGGGACAUUUCUUUUUUAAAAUAAUAUUUUUAUUAAUUCCUUGAGAAUUUCACACAAU